CUUAAUAUUAGGCCGUUUUGGCAUUGAGUUUGCAAUUUACUGCCCAGAGCGAACGGCUGUUGCCGGUCUUCCGGCCCUUGUCGCUGCUAAACACUAGAACAGUUGCCCAUGGCCACUUCCAUCACUCUUACCUGCAUGGCGGUUGACCGUGGAAGAAACCCCCUCGGUACCGUGUUUGUUAUGGAUGUGUCGCCUCGCGCAUUGGUUAGCCACCUUCGCAGGGCUAUCAAGUCUGAGAAAUCCCACCAAAUGGAUCACCUGGAUGCAGACCAGCUGGUUUUGUGGAAGCUCUCGCCACCAAUACCAACGGGGGUUACAGAAGCCGAAGUCGCAGCUUUUAAUCAAUGGAUCAAAGCAAUUGAGUUCCCUGAUCCUGCACGCCGCGAGGCGCUGGAGGGGAACGGCCCCGUGCAGGUUCUCAGCCCUGCACAAAAGAUAUCCAGAUACUGGCAGGAAGGUCCCGAGGAAAGCUAUCUCCAUCUCGUCGUCCAAGUGCCUCAUGUCGGAAAGAGGAAGCGUGAGGAUCCGGUGGAUAUUUCAAAGAAGUUGUUGGAUAAAUGGAAUGUUCCACUCACAUUUAUGCCUAACGCUACCGAUCUGAGUAUCCAUCUGGAUGCACCUCUUGAUCCCGAGGAGAAAAUCCCCAUUUCCGAUCUAGAAUGGCGGGACCUCCUGCAAACGAACCUGAUGAUCCCUAAAUAUCAUUGCUCUUCAGAUGACCUUGAGAUGCUCUUCAUCAAGAAUGAGGAUGAGAGGGCUAGAUUCAUCUUCCCCAUAUUACAGGCAGCAAUCCUCCGGACUCCACCGGACUCAUCAGGUACUGAAGAUUCGUUCAUUUCAUUCUGGGACCGCAACAUCCUGGAUAUUCUCACGACGUGUCUUGACGGGCCCAAGUGGAUACGCAACAGCAACCACGGCACGCAUGCUGGGUCUUUCAGGCCUGAUGUUGGUCUCCUCUUGCAAUUGGCCUGUUUAUUCCGGGGGGAGGAGAAAAAGCCAUCGUUUUCUGGAAAACAUCCUCGUCAGGAGCUCGCUGAAAAGACUCGAUGGGCCUAUGACCCUGCUCCGUAUGUGCUUGGCUACUAUGCCGUUGGUGCUGAUGUCACACUUGUAGCAAUCCAGUCUGCCCAGGGGGGGGACCAAAUCGUUUUAAAAGACAUUCUAGCUGCAGAUCUGUCAACAAUGCAAGGACGUAUCAAAAAUGCGGCAAUGAUGAUCAGAAUGGUCAAGGUUCUCCGGGCAUUAGAACGUACUGUUGGAAAAGCUGUGGAUGCUGAUAUGUUGACAUUGGAACGCAAUGAUGGAAAAUCCAUUGAAUUUUUUAAGAAGAAGAUAUGGAAGAAAUAUCGGGCAGAAGAUGAACCAAAAGUUUCCUUUCUUCAAUCUAUCUAUGGCAAACUCAAAGCAAAAGGCGUGCCAAAUGUUGACUCCCUUACAAGAAUUGAAUUGUCCCAUCCAGAACAUGGUUGCUUUGUUGAACUUGAACCUCGAGGCGAUGCCAAAGGUGUGGGGUCUGCUGAAGAUGUUAAGAAUGCGGUCAUCUGUGUCCUUGAGGCCCUCCAGGUAUCCCAUGCUAAACCACAGGUGUUUCAUCGAGACAUUUGCUGGCCAAAUGUCAUACGGAACAUCACCAAUCACAAGCAGUGGUUCCUCAUUGACUGGGAAGAUGCUGCCAUCCCUCCAACCAGGGCAGUCCUUCAUUUACGUCCUGAUACACAUGCACCACAAGCAUUCAAGGAUGACCAUGGUGCAGAGGUUGACAUUUGGGGUGUUGGGAGACUUAUUGCUGCAGCAGAUGAUAUGUUUGGUGUUCCUGAAAACCUCCGUUCUCUUGGACAGAGGAUGGUAGAGGGUUCUGUUUUAUCAGCUGAGCAAGGACUUAAAGAAUUACAAUCACUUUGAAGUCCUUUUUUCUUUUCUUCUUUUUCCAACCCCACAGUAAUCAGUUUUGCCAGCAAUGCAAUGUAAUUUUUUUGGCCUGCUCUUUGAAAUGGCAAUGAAUAGGGUGAA